AUGGGAAACUGCAAUGGCUGCUGCCAUGAAGAGAAUCCUGCUGUCCCAGUAGAAGUGACAGCGUGGCAUCGCGACGCAGAGAGUGAGGACGAAGCAUCUCCGGAAGCUCCAGUUCCAACGAUUACAAUCGUGCCUGCAUCGCCUCGUGCCGAUGCCUCCCCAAGCAAGUUGAGCAGACUGCAAAAUAUGGAUGUUUUGGAGGUUGACAAGGAGAUUCUUCGGGGGAUCUCAUUGAGUGCCUCAUUGCACAGUGGAGGGAAGCUUUGGCGCAAGUCGCCCCUUGACAUGCCGGAGCAGGAGCGAGAGAAGCUCUGGACUCGCUCUGCCCCAGUGGAGAACUUCGACAUCUUUCUAUCGCACACUUGGCUGACGCCCGGCAGGCACAAAGUGGUGUCGCUUCUCUUCCAAUCUGGUUGGAAAUUCGCGCUGUGUUGCUGGCUGCUUUCUAUAAUCAUCGCCGACAUCCUUAUCAUCCAAGAUGUGCUCCCCAUGCCCUUCAGGACAGAGGUGGAGAUGUUCUGCUUCAAGGGUGAAGUCCACUUCUUUUUCUGGCCAAUGCUGGCGGGCUUUUUGGGCACCUGGAUGGGUCUCUUGCUGUCGCCCUACGUGAACAGUUUGUCCAAACCCAAAAUGUGCUUCCUCGAUGUGGUCUCCAUCCACCAGACUGACCAGGAGUUGAUGGAACGUGGGAUCUAUGGCCUAGGUGGCUUCCUUUCGGUGGCCAAAGAGCUUCGAGUGCUUUGGAGCACGCCCUACCUCUCGCGUCUGUGGUGUGUUUUUGAGCUGGCAGCUUACCGCUCAGCCAAUCCAAAUGGGAAGAUAUCGCUAAAGCCACUCUUUGUGGAGCGAGGUAUGAUGGGCCUCAUGUUGGGCACCUACUUUGCAGCAUUUCUUUUUUGGCUUGGACUUGUUUUCAAUAUCAGCCAGGGCCAGGCAUUUAGCUUGUUGGAGCUGCUGGCGCUGACACCUGUCUUCGUGAUAGUCCACUUCCUAAGAUGGAACAUCAGGGAGAAGUUUAAGCUCCUGUCGGAUCUGAAGGAUUUUGACCUGGAGAAAGCCUUCUGUCGAACAGCCUUUGACCGGAGCUUUGUCCACAGCGCCAUUGUGAAGUGGUACGGAAGCAAGGAGGCCUUCAUGCGCUAUGUCCGGGGUCCACUGCGUGAAGAGCUGAUGCUCCAGGGCGCGACCUACGUGCCCUUUGGGUAUUUCAUGAUGCUCAGUUCUGCUACGUUUGCUGCCAGCAUGAACCAUGUCUCAGCGAUGAUGAAGGCGCAAGCAACCUUUGAGUGCAUAGCCAGUGAGUUUUUGGGCUCAGCGCUUGGAUUCUAUGUUUUCUGGUUUCUCUUCAUGCUGAAGAUCUGCCUUUGGUUGACCGAGCACUUUGCAAUGCCUUGGUGGAGGGGCCGACUCGUGAACUGGCUGCAGUCCUUCGUGUUGUUCUUGGUGUUCGUUGCGCUUUACACCGUCGGCUUUAUCACAUCCAGAUUUGCCUACCGCCAUAGCCUUUCUGGUGCAUUGCUGUGGAUGAGUUUUAGCUUCAUUUGCUGUACCAUGUCCUUCUGCAUUCCAAGAUGUGUGGACGUUUACAUCGUGGAUGCGAUCAGCCGGAGCCUUUCGACUGUGAAGAUGGAACAGGAUGUGCCUGUCAUAUCUCAUGUUGUACAAGUUCCUGUGAAAGUUCCCGUGCCUGCUCCGGUGCCUGUCUAUGUGGAGCACCACAUCCAUCACAUGCACCAUGUGCACCAUGUGCACCCUGUGCAUGUGGUACAUGAAGAAUGGAGCACAGAGCCAGCGCAUGAGAUGACAGAGUACAAUUGCUGGUCUUCGACAUGGUCGGCCUGGUCUCAUGCCCACAGGCAUUUCUGCUGUGAUCAUCAUCACAUCGCCUGUGGAGAUUUACCGCACGUAACGCACGUCGUUUAUGGAACUCAUGCAAGCCAAGACUAUCAAGACUAUGGCAGCUAUGAUUGCUCCGCUGGAAUCCAAAACUGGAGGGCGGGUUGGUCGGACUCAAAGAAGCAGUUCUGCUGCAAUCAUUACACUCUCGGUUGUGAGGUUGAUGACAGCGUGACUGACGGCGAUGGCACUGUGGGAAGUGUCAUCGACAGCGAUGCCAUGGAUGGCGAAGUGGUCAGUGGUGACGGUUUGCAGGAUGGCGGAGUGGUCGUAGACGCGGAUCAUGAUCUGCUUGGCAUCGACACUGUUCCAAGCGACCUUGAAAGUGGUACCAUUGACGAUGCAGGCGUGGUUGAUGGCGAGGGUACAGAACUGGCCAGUGGUGGGGACCUGACAGCCGACAUCAGUGGUGAUGUGCUUGACCAUGUUGAAUAG